CUAGACUUCUGUACUCUACUUAUUCCAGCGAUGGCAUGAUACAAAGCGUUGCACACAGAUUUACUUUCUAAAUAACAUUUUAGAACAUGUCUUUUGUACCUAUAGCAUAACAAAAAAAUAAAAGUUAUAUAAGAGAAGUAGCUUAGAUAAGAACUGGCAUGAACAGAAGUCUUCAGGGGCCAUGUGAUGAUCUAAAAAGAUCGAAGAUGAUGUGUAUCGAAUCGCAGAUAUAGGCCUAAUUGUGUGUUGACAAUGAAAAUGCUGGAAAAUAUAUGCUUAAAAGGAAGAAUUAUAUUAUUUGUAAGAUGUAUUAGUAUUGAUUGCUAGAUGACCGCUACAUUCAAAUAAUUAUAUUAGAUUUAGGCUACAUUAACUUUGAGUAGUAUUCAUAUCAGCAUUAGUUUCUAAAUAGCAAAGACAUGCCUCAUCUCUGUAUCUGGAUUACAGCACAUGCAUUCUGCAUUUAAAGGGCUUUUUUAUUAAAAAGUUAAUUGUUGGUAUUUCUGUCUAUUGUUUUUCUGGUGGGUUUUUGAUAAUGUUUGCUUAAACCCAUGACAUUUUUAGUUUAUCGGUGAUGGGUUCAUGUUUUGGACAUAUAAGACGAUUAUGCAUCAAAUGCAUCAACAGUUUUCUUAUUGAUGUUGAGGGUCAUUGUUUUGGGAAAACAAAAAUGCAGUAUUUAGUAGCACCUUUUUUUUUUUGGACAAUUUGGUUAUUCUUAAUCUGAAUAACCUUAUAAAUGUUUGAUCUGAAAUCACAAUAACACAUGCAAUUGUUCUGGUGAAUCCCUGAAGAAGCACACCUUUUCUCAAUUCUUGCUCUGUGAUGUCAUCUAGUGACGAGAUUUGGUAACUGUGGUGAAAUUCAGUGUUUGGGUGUUCUCUGCAUGUGAUCUGAAUGACUCAAAGACCUCUAGCACCCUAGAUACUGUGUUCAGCCAGAGUGUGUCUACAAUGAGCAAGUAAUCAUAUGCAGUUUGUGAAUGGUUACUGCCUUUGGUGUAAUUUUGAAUGGUCUUUGCUAAUCUUGAUUAUUUAACAGUAUUUAAUUUUUCUCUGCUCUUAUUGACCUUGCACUGAAAUUAUGCGAUGUCCUUGUUGAUAAGCUUUCUUUCUUUCUUUCUUUCGGGUCAGUCGUUAUUAUAUUAAUAUGCUAUAAUACGGAAAGAAAGAACGAGCUUUUUGUAUUCAAUUAAAGAGUAAGGACAAAUUUAAAUCAUACAUAGCAUUUACAUAAUCUGACUUUUAUUAUUAUUAUAAUUAUUAUAACGACAAAAGAAUCAUUGCAGUGGUAAGAAUGAGGAUGUCCCAGCCUUACAACAAUAACGUCAUCGUGUACUUACUGCAGCCUAUCGAUAUUCAAUAAUACAUCUAAAAAUCAAUUUAUAUUAAUUUACAACACGAAAUUGUGAUUAAUGUUAGCUUUUUUUCCUGAGAGGUUUCCCUUUGUCCUAACUAAAGGCUUAACUGUUAUAGGCUACUUAACUAUUUAAAUUCAAAGAAUGUUUAAUUUAUUUAUUUGCUCCUAUUAUUUUGGUAUUUCAUCGACACUAAAUAUUUUUAUAAAAAUGUAAAUCCGUUCUAUAAUCGUGUGACAUAACUGACGUUGCAUAUUUCAAACAAGGGGACAACAAAAACAACAUGGACUGGGCUGAAGUUAAAUGUCAGUGAUGAUGUUGGUGUAUGUUCUAGCCUAUCUAAUGGAUUGAUGUUGAAUUUAAAAUGUAUCGUUUAUAUAUUUACAAUGCAUGCAUUGUUUUGAUUAAUAUAGGAAAAUGUUUUUUUUUUAUUAUUAUUAUCUUAUUUUCAUGAUGAUAUCAUCAACAGUCUACGUUGCCUAUGUUGCGCCUCUGCAGAAAAUUGCACUGCAUAGAUACAUACAUUUUUAGUUAGGUCUAAUUGUAUAAUUUAUUUACUUAUAUUAUUAAGAGAGGUCGCUGUGGCUAUGUGUAAACAUCUGUAUUGUAUUAUUUAAUAGAUAAAUGUCAGUAUAAGUUUGAAUAAAAGUCCGUAUGUGCUUCUCUGAAAUUUCUCUCGUACACAGUUAUGCUAGAUGUCUGCAUACAAAUUGCAAUUGCAUUGAAUGAAGACAACGUCGAAAUGAAAAUGACGUGCAGUUGCAAACAUAGGCCUAUUUGAAAUUUGCAGCACGUUUCGAUUGAGAAAAUUUGAAAAUGUGGAGGGAAAAUUAACUAUAAACAAUUAUUAUAUAAAGUAAUUAUUUUUUUAAUAUUAUUGCAUUUUAUAUAGGCCUAGAUUUUAUUUGUUUUGUUCGGUAAGUAGAGAAAAACACUUCAGUCUGAGUGUUUUGAUAUACCCUGGGGAUUCCAUUCUGUGCAACAGGAGGGCCCCCGCCUUACGCGUUCUCCUGUAGUCAGAAGGGCUCAGGAUUGGUCAGGCUCUGAUCAGCUGGUCUGUUUCCCCGCGGUCUCAGAUUGGCACUUCGCCACCUCCCUUCGGCUAAAACCAAAUCUCUGAGAAAGUAAUGGCAAAAACCACUUGCACUAUAAAACUCAACAAAUCAUAACACUCGGACAAUAACACUGGCCACCCCAUGAGUUCCUAUUUCGUCAACUCAACUUUUCCCGUGUCUCUACCCGGAGGACAGGAGUCUUUCUUGGGUCAGAUACCGCUCUAUUCCUCUGGAUAUACAGAUCCUUUAAGACAUUAUCCAAGCGCUACGUUCGGAGCUACCAAUGUCCAGGACAAGGUUUACACCUCCUCGUAUUAUCAGCAAGCUGGGGGCGUUUUUGGGAGAAGCGGAUCCACCAGUGCUUGUGACUACACAACAACACCCAACAUUUACCGAACCGCUGACCGCUCGUGCGCUAUCGGAGGUCUGGAAGACCCCCUGGUCCUAACCCAGGACCAGUGCAAGACGGACUGCACUGAGCAGGGUGCAGACAGAUAUUUUAACAGUGAAGACAAACCGUGUACCGCGGUUUACCCGUGGAUGCAGAGGAUGAACUCGUGUAAUGGAAUGUCUGGCAGCACUGGCCGCAGGGGUCGUCAAACCUACACUCGGUUUCAGACUCUUGAACUGGAAAAGGAGUUCCACUUUAACAGAUAUUUGACCAGAAGACGAAGAAUUGAAAUAUCGCACGCUCUGUGUUUGACGGAACGACAGAUAAAGAUAUGGUUCCAGAACCGUAGAAUGAAAUGGAAAAAGGAGAAUAAAGUGCUGAACUCCGUAAAGGUCAGCGAAGAGGAGGAUGGUGGAAAGGCGGGAUAAAUGAGAAAAAGCAGCUUACGUCAAAAGCCCUAGAAACACUGUAUAUAACAUGUAGCCUUUAGUUUUAAUUAAUAAGUACUGGUCUGUCCAACAAGCAAAAAUCUACCUUAAUAAGUGUUAUGUUGACACAAAAAGCUUCAAGAGAAGACUAUCUUUUUCAUUAAAACAGGCGUCUGAAUCACCUCUGUAAAGACGGUAAAAGAUAUGGGAGGUGCUUAUAUAUUUUGCUCUAUUUGGCAUAAAGAAAUUAGAAAAAAAAGGUUUCUUGCUGUUUGAACAUUAAUGACUAUAAUUCGAAUUAAAAAAUAAACUCAAAGUUUAAAACUUUGGGAUUGGGAUCAAAAGGUUUUACAUUAAAUAUGUAUUUAAAUCCGUUCUGUGCUAGAAAAAGAAGAAAAUUGGACAUUUUGAUGCUUAAUUUAUUGGGUCGUCACUGUUUGUGUAUGUGAAUGCACUGAGAAUAGCUUAAUAUCAUACUUUGUUAGCAAUGUCAUUUUGUCAAUAAAAUUGAUUGUUUAACAAU